UAUUAUUGGCUUAGAUUCUCAACACUUGCUGCGCAUCGAAAUGCAUCUGAAGGGAUCAUCUUGACGAGAAUAUGCAGCUUGGCUUGAUCGCGAUGUACUGUCAAAUGGAAGAGUUGGAGGCUCACUGGCGAGGUGGAAACCAUGCUGCCAUACUUGCCGAGGGAAACAAAUAUUGAGAGAGUUGGAAGUGUUUGGCAACUGGUGCUUGCACUUGGUGUGUGUGGGUUUCUUUGUUUUGAGCCAUCGCAGGAGACCAUCUCCGAUGAAUCGUUUCCUUUCGCCAAAGCAGAUCAUAUAACGCCAGACAUAAUACUUCUUCGUGUGAUGGACCCGUUUGCCUGCCGCACGCCCUAACACCUUCCGACUCCUUUCAGAUUGAUUAGAGGGUUCUGUCGGGGUUCCACUUGACAGUGUGGUUUUUUAUCUUCGAGAACCAGAACCAGACUAAUUCCAUUUGACUCAGACUUCCACGCUCUUCAAAUGAUCAUUCCAUGCAGAUUCUUCAAUCAUGGAAAAAACCCGUACACUGAUAGAAGUGGUUCGUGUCAAUUUUGUAAUCGUGAUGACAACAUACUCCUGACUUGAUGCUUGACGGGUUUUCCAGUAAAUUUGGCGGUGCGAGCAUACAACAUCCACUUAUGUCAAAUUCCAUAAUAAACCUGUGUUACGUUCUUAUCGACAGAAACCUGCACAAUGGGGAGAAGUGUGCCGAAAGAGCCUGCUGUAACAGUUGUUGAUGAAGUUGCGUUCUAUCCAAGAGAUUGGGAAGACCAGCUACUUCUGUUCCUGACGUAUCUGAGGUUUGUUCUCCUGGCUUUGGACAUUUUCUUAUGGUACGUCCACACAAAUGCUAGCAAGGGCUCAUGGCCACCCCAAGUGAUCAAGCUCUCCAGGAGGUUCUUGGCACUGCUCUUCUGUUUAACGAUCUUCGACCUGGGGAUGUUUUGGCUCGAAAUUUGGAGAGGUUACAUACUGUUCUCCUUAUACAUGUCUACGGUUUCAGUGACUGUAUUCAUGGGCUUUUUGUGGUUCUACAUCAUGAAGGUGACAACCCCAUAGAUAGAAGAUCUUAAAGGUCAGCCCAAGAACCUUCAAAGAAAUAAAGGUGGCAAUUUGCUCCCCAAGAAAGCAUACUGUCCCGAGGUAAGGACCGUGGUCAUGAUGAUCAUAAUCAUCUUUGUAGAUGCGAGGAACUCUUGUACGCCUUUACAUUUCAGACUUUAGGACAUUGGACUUAUGGGAUCGACAGCAAUGUGAGACACAUGGCAGCCACUGCCCUGAAUCGGAGAUUUAUGUCGGUCAUGAGCUUCUAGACGAUAACUCACGGCGCAGACCUGACUGACUCGAUUAAAUGUUCAUGCAUGAAGAUGUCAGGUUCAGAUUCUGAUAGUAUGACCAUAUCAUAGAUAGAAGGUGAUUUUCUUCAUAUUCUUCUCUGUGACGACGGUUCCAUUUGUGGAUUCUUCUCUCUUUCCGUGAUGGCAUGGCAUCAAUAUGCAC